GACGUCAGAACAAGUUGUGUUGACAGCUAACAGUUAGCCUGAUGCUAACAGCUCGAACUGCGCCAGGAUCAAAUGUUCACCAAGUUCUCGAGCUUCUUCGCACUUUUCCGCAUCUGUUUCCCUUAUGCAGCGUCCAGCCUCCGUGUGAGACAUGCAGGACAGGUACAGGGACAUAGGGUUUGUCCAGCAAAUACUCGGAUUGAAUUUAGUACCGAGAAAAAAUGGAACCAACCGCAACGACACAUCUCUCAGCGACUUCUCAGAGAUGUGGUAUGGUGUGUUCCUGUGGGCCGCCGUCUCCUCCCUGGUCUUCCAUCUUCCUGCAGCCCUCUUGUCUCUCGCCACAUUACGCCAGCAUAAGACUGCCCGGUUCAUGCCCAUCGCCAUCCUCCUCAUGGGCAUCGUGGGACCAGUGUGUGGGGGUGUCCUCACUAGUGCGGCCAUAGCAGGCGUGUACAAGGCGGCAGGGAAGACCAUGUUCUCCCUGGAGGCGUUUGUCUUCGGCGUGGGUCAGUCCUUCUGCAUCCUGGUCAUCUCCUUCCUCAGGAUUCUGGCCACCCUUUAGCGGUUCCGAGCGGACCAGGAUCCCACUGGUCGCUGUGACCCCCAAAACACGCCGUCAGGGACUGGGACGUCACAUCACGACUAUGACCCCCAGGACGACUGAGCUGAGACACAAAACACUGAUGGAUGGACAUGUGACAGUGGGGGUGUCAAAGUCAGAGCAGUUCAGCUUCAUUCACACAAACAGGACCGAAACUGGAUCAGAACCAGGAAAAAAAUACCACAAUAACCCUUAAAUAAUGACCAACACAAACCUGGUUUAAUGCAAAAAAAGGGUCAAAUUACAGUAUGAAAAUGUUUAAAUGUUCAAACUUAAACAAAUAAUCUGGAAAAACCUGAACAUUCACAAAUAACCUGAAAUUUAUUAAGAAAAAUCCAUGUAAUUUGACCAAUAUUUGACCUCAGUUUAUCAUUUACACAUGUUCAUUAGAACAAUAACGGGCACAUCCAGUAUGUAACUUUAUGAUCCAAACCGUUGGACUGUUAACGUUGGGUCAUUUGUACAAAUUCAUCCUGAGUCUGAACCGGACCCUUUGUUUGGUCCGGUUUUGGUCCACGGGCCACAUGUUUGACACCCCUGCGUUACAGAUUCUAGAAGCUUCAGGAAGAACAUGUGUAGGAUGUGAACGCAGCCAGUGGUGGGUGUGGCAGUGGCCAUGGGCGUAGCCUGGCUGUGACUGUGGGCGUGGCCUAGCUGUGGGCCAAUGGACUCUCUCCUCUCAGGGCCGUGUGUGUGUCCUGUCGUUGUCGUGGACGUUGGACCGUCGUCGUCGACAGAACAAUGAUGCAGACGUUUAUGCAACAUCUGAUUUAUUUCCUCGAGGCCUUAAUUUCUACGUUCAGACUCCAAAGCGUUGUUUUUUUUUUUUUUCUGUCAACAGAUUUUUGUCUUAGAUAUACACGCUUCGCUGCAGCUGAUCCUCGUGUUGUGGACUCCGGUUCUGAUGCGGUUCUGAUGGACCGGUCAUGUCUUUAUGAACAAUGAUCGUCUACAGGAAACGGGUCCAAAUGUUCCACAGAUUAAAAUCCAAUACUGACAUCAAAACCUAAACCUGUUUCUGCAUCAGAAACAAACCAGUGAUAAUGAGUUUAUUAUGAACAAGACAAAUAAAAACUAAAACUUAUGGAAUUCAACCUGUUUCUCCAACUGUUAUUUUGACCAAAUCUGUGAAACAAAAACAUUGGAAACGACUAAUAAAAAAAAAAAAGCUCAAAAAUCAAACUUCCUAAAGGAAUGAUUACAGAUGAAUACAGUUAAUUCUACAUGUCAAUAAUAAACAGGAGUGGAAAAAAGUAUUUAGACACCUGUAAAACUUAACACAACCUCAGAUAUUAUCAUGGGCUGUUUGUACUUUAACUUUUUUUGUGUUUUUAAGGGUUUGUCUGCAUCAGACACAAAAAAACAAUGAUUUAUGAGUUUAUUAUUGAUACAAGUAAUUACAAAUAUUCAAACUAAAUCAUCAUCAGUUUCAUCGUGUCCUUCAUGUGUUUCAUGAUCUGAAACGUCCGGUUUGGACCUGGAUGGAACUGAGCAUGAGCAGAAGGAUCAUAUGACCAAUACUGGACCAGUUUAAUGACUGAACAGAGAUUAUUAUUAUAUUAAUGGAAUAAAUCACAAAUGCAUGAUGGGACUAAACCUUUUUUCCACGUCUGUAUUUGGUAAAAAAAUAAAUCAAUUUCUUGAUUUCACCAAAGCCAUGUAAAAAA